GAAAAGAAACAGUAAAGGCACGCGAUACAAAUACGUUUUUUUCUAGUGCUCGAGACAUGAGUGACGUCUGAUUCUGAUCUUCAUAAAGGCGUUUAUGAUGAUGGGCGUUCAAGUCAUAGUAAGUUACAGACACCUCAGUAUCCUGUGAUUGUUGACCCCGGGCAGCCCACACGACUCAGAACCAUGGAGAGCUCAGGGAUACUGAUAGGACUGAUCAUAGUCGGGCUCUUUACUGUCAUGUGCUGUGGACAAGUUUCCCAAGAACUAUCCUCAGAUGAAACACAACUGUCCCAGCAGGAAGCUGAGAAAGAUCUUGUUGAGGCUAUGGCUGUACUUUUGGGGAGAUACCAGACCCAUCUGCCAUCUACAGAAAAACGUGGCAUUGCACAGUGUGCCAUGGGGUCCCGCUGUGCAGUGAGACUGGGUCCACGCAUUGGGAAACUGUGUGAUUGUGGCAGAGGAUCUAACUGCAACUCAUUUCUCCUUAAAUGCAUAUAAAUCAAAAGCAGUAGAAAAUCCCUGAAUUCUCUGACUGCCUAAACUGCAAGACUCCUCACUUUUUCCUUAAAGUUGUAUAGACAUGCACAGAUGAUGAAUUGAAAGAGAUAGAGGGUGGAAAUAUGUUUUCUUAAUCACUUGUACAAGCUCUGUGACAAACAAAACUCAAUUUAGUUCAGCAUGAUAGAGCAAACAAAGCAUGGGUGUAAUGUACAUAUUUAUCUGUGUGUGUUUUGUGUUAUCAAUAAACAUUAUUAUG